AUGUCCACUCGAGUCAACCAACACCACUCUCUAAUUUUUUACUUCCUUGUUGCUGCUGGUGUUCUUACUCUCAUCCACUCACAACUUGUUGCUGCAGUAAAUGCAGCCUCUGGCUACGUCUAUCCGAAAAAUUAUCUGACUCUCAAUGUGAAUAGUGGUGUUUAUUCCGUUUCCUUCUCAUCGAGUUGUUCACUCGUGUUGGGUUAUAUUUCGUACAGUAAUUAUAACGAUCUGGACAAAUUGGCAACCUCUGUUCCUUCUACUUUCACUGUAAUUUCAAAGGGUACAACCUACUAUUCAAACUCGUACAGUUAUUAUUCCUUAGAUUCGAAUUAUUAUUUUGUACUAUUUAAUAAUGGAUCAUCCAACAGUUGUUAUGCUAGCACAUUUAGUGUGGCUUUGGAAAUGAAUACUUUAUCAUCCUCCACUCGUUCAUUUACACUUCCCUAUGGAAUUACAAAAACCUUUUCCAAUAUUUAUAGUUAUAAUAGAUUGGUUGUUACUUCCUCCAGUAGUUCUUCAAUGAGUUUGUACUACAAGUCAGACUAUUCAUAUUCUACACCAACAACAACACCAAAUAGUUUGAGUCUUUAUAGUAUUUCUAGAUAUGGAACUGCAAAUAUUCCAUUGAGUACUUCUCGAAGUUCUUCGUAUACCUCAUAUGUGUAUCUUUCAUGUGGUAAUAUUGGUGGUUGUCCUGUUACUUUAUCUCUUGAUUCAGAUGGUAGUGAUUCAGGUGCAUCAACUAUUAUUGGAGCUAUUGUUGGACCAAUUGCAUUUGUUGUAAUUUUCACAUUCAUUGUAAUCAUUUCAGUUGUUUCAACAUGUGUGGCAAGAAGAAGAAGAAUGCUGAUGUUGGCAGCUGCCACUUCAGCUGUUGCAACUACAACCACUUACUCAACUCAACCAACCUAUGUUCCUGUCCCAACACCAGUUUCAACCACAACAACCACAACUGAAAACACAACUGUUUAUGUUCCACCACCAGUUACAACGACAGCUCAACAACCUUAUAAUCCAAAUCAAGGUUACAUUCCUCAACCUGGUGUUCCACAACCUUAUAAUCCAAAUCAAGCUUACUACUCACAACCACCAACUAGUCAACCGUAUCAAUCAUAUCAACCAUAUCAACAAUAUCAACAACAACAACCAAAUACUCAACCUCCACCUUAUUACAAUCCUGGAGUUGGUGUCUACCCAACAAACAAUGUUCCAGCACAACAAGAACCAAGGCCAGCUUUCAAUCCAAAUGUCGAUAGUGUUUAAAAUUAUUUCUAAUUGAAUCAAUACAUGAAUAGGAUCAGUUCUUAAUAUUGGACUCGGUCAAUUAACAAAACAACAUUAAAAUUCUUUCAAUUUUCU